GACAGCCGGGGCCGAGAAGGAAUGCACUGCUGCUCUUUCCCAACAUGGCCGCUAGCCCCGCCCGGUUUCCGGCAGGCGGAGGUGAUGGCGUCAUCAGUGUACGCCCGCAGACUGCCUCGCCAAGGGGAGCGUGGCGUGUUGUUGAGGAACGAUGCUGAGCCGCCUUCAGGAGCUGCGCAAGGAGGAGGAGACGUUGCUGCGGCUGAGAGCGGCCCUGCACGACCAGCUCAACCGCCUGAAGGUUGAAGAACUGGCCCUGCAAUCAAUGAUUAACUCAAGAAGAGGAGAUGAGAUGGUGUCUUCUCAACCUGCACCUGAACAGUCACCUGCUGAUACACUGAUGCAUGUAGACAAUGAAGCAUCAAUUAACCAAACUGCACUGGAGUUGAGCACAAGGAACUGUGUGACAGAAGAGGAGGAGGAGGAGGAGGAGGAGGAAGAGGAAUCAGAUUCCUAAAAGGUGAAAAGAGCAAAGGUCCCCAGUUCCUCUGAGUCCCCUUCCCAACUGAGGAUAAUGCCUCACUCCUGGAGUCCUGGGCUUCUUCCUACAUUCUCCUACGACAGCCCUCAAAUGUUCAAACACAGAUGGAGUCUCUCUACUUCCUGACCCCGCCUCCAGGGCCUGAGUUCUCUUUCUGAUCCUUCAGUAUCAACACGGUGAUGCUGAGAAGAGCCCCAGCAGCUGAUGGGCCAGGCUGCUGCCAUCUGGAGGAACCACCAACUACCCACCGAGGCCAACAAAGCUUCCCUAGCAUCCCUGCAGGAUGCUAAGACUUUAUACUCCAAUCCCGCACCACUCCUGUAACAAUAAGUAUGAGCAACCCCUCUUUCCUCAAAAAUGAACAAGUAGGUUUUGUGAAAAACUAACUAGAAGAAAGUAUUUUCUUUUUUUCUUUUUUUGAGACAGCAUCUCAAGCUGUCGCCCUGGGCAGAGUGCUGUGGCAUCAUAGCUCACAGCAACCUCAAACUCUUGGGCUCAAGCCAUCCUCUUGCCUCAGUUUUUCUAUUUUUAGUAGAGACAAGGUCUUGCUCUUGCUCCAGCUGGUCUCGAACUUAUGAGCUCAGGCAAUCCAUCUGCCUUGGCCUCCCAGAGUGCUAAGAUUACAGGCGUGAGUCAUUGCACCUGGCCAGAAGAAAGCAUUUUCUUCUCUGAUAUUUUCUGUCCCAUAAAUAACCACUACUCAAAGCCUCGAUUUUUCCCUCAAGAGCACACAUCCUGCAGUUUAACUACUAUGUUUACCCUGCUAAAACAAGAUGUUUGGAUAAAAUAAUUCAGGGGGUCCUUUCUGUAUUCUAUACUUACAGAGUGCCUGCACUAGGCUAUGCUACGACUAAAAAGGAAACAGUCCCUGUACUCAAGACUAUCAAGACCAAGGGAGACACAAUCCAAGUAUCAGGAACAUAUCACAUGCACUUGAUGGUUAAGAGCAAAGAUGAAGCCCUAGUCAGUAUGUGUGAAGGCACAUACUCAAAUUCUUCCCGCCUAAGGGAUUGGCAUCCCCUCAUCUGAUGCCUGGCUGACUAGCCAACAAGGCCACGUAAGCAGAUGAACCAAGGUGAAAAUCAGCCUCCUGUGUGUUCUCACUAUGCCCCCAAUACCUUCUUUUUUGUUUGUUUGUUUAGGCUAAUAUUAAAAGGAUCCAUAUGAGGUGAGGCGAGGGGGCACAGAGGUUGGGCACAGAAGAAACGAGGUGGAAGGAAGGCAGGCCCACAGAG